AUGGUUCGUUUCUUCUUGACAGCAGCAUUAUUCGCUGCCACGGUCCUCGCCAUCCCAAACCCCCUGACACCAGACCCCGCGGGCAACAAGAACAUUGGCAACGGCCACGGCGUUCAGUUCAUCGGCGGCGCCUGCCUUAGCAGCAGAGACUGCGCCUCGGCCUGCUGCGCGAUCCUGAGCGGCGCGGGCAUCUGCUCCGGAGUCGGGGCCCAGUUCCAAGCAGGCAAGCAGGGAUGCGGCUUCGGCGACGGAAUCGGUGCCGCCCCAGUCCCUGCUCCCGGCCGAGUGAAACCGUCUAUGGAGGCCGCGCCCGACAACGGAAAAUCGGGAUCGUCUGGCGCCCCUGGGUCGUCGAACGUCGGCGCGGGUAACGGGCUGCAGUUUAUCACGGGGCAAUGCCUCUCAGACGCCGACUGCGCCUCGGGAUGCUGCGCCGGGCCCAAGGGCGCAUGCGCCGCCAGGGCCGUCGCCGAGGAAAACGGGAAGUCGGGCUGCGGGUUCGGCGGCGGUGCAAGCCCCGCGGCGGGGUCGCCGGGCCUUCCGGCGGUGGAGGAUGCGGCGCCUUCGGCUCCUCCACAGGCCGCACCGCCUGUCAACGGAGGAUCGUCUGGCGUCAACCAAGGCGCUGCGGGUUCCCAGAACGUGGGGAAGGGAAUCGGGCAGCAGUUCAUCACCGGGCAAUGUCUCUCGGACGCGGAUUGUGCUUCGGGAUGCUGCGCUGGUCCCAAGGGCGCGUGUUCUGCGGUGGUUGUCGCGAAUGAGAACGGGAAAACGGGAUGUGGAUUCAUUGCUGCGUGA